GCGACGAGGGCGAGACGACGGCGCGACACCGCGCUCGCCCCGCCCGCGUCCGCGUCCGCGACCAUGGGCGGCGGCGCGAACGCGUCGAUGCCGCCCGGCGCGGUGCAUCUCCCGGAGAUGCGCGCGCGCAUGGGGAAGAAAGUCGCGCAGCUGUCGCGCGUGAUGGCCGCUCUCAACAACAAAGGCGGGGAGACCCCGCGCGGCGGGCGCGCUUCCUCCUCCUCCUCCGGCGCCAACGUCGCGGACGACCUCGCCGCGGUCGCGGACGUGUACGAGAGCGAGAUCGACCAGAUCCUGCGCGACACCGCGUCGAAGAUCAACGCGUUCCGAGCGGCCGUCGACGCGAAGACGGCCGCGUCCGACGUCGAAUCCGCGAAGCGCGAGCUCGAGGCGAAGCACGAGCUCGCGAUGCGCGCGGCGACGCGCGAGCUGGCGUCCGAGCUCGAGAGGGCCAACGCGCGGGAGGCCAAGGCGGCGGAGGACGCGCGCGCGCGCGCGGAGACCGCCGCGAAGGAGAAGCGCGCGCUGCGCGACGAGCUCGAGCGCACGCGCGAUGAUCUAACGAGGCGAUGGCGUGACGCCGCGGACGCGGCGGUAAAGGCGGCGAACGACGCGAAAACCCUGGACGCGCGCGUCAGCGAUGAGACCGCGACGACGAUCGCGGCGGCGACCGCGCACGCGAGAGAGCUGAGCGAGCUGAAGGCGGCGCACGCGCUCGCGAUGGAGAAGUUGCAAAAGACGCACAACGCGAGAUACAACGACGUCGCGUUGGCCAAGGCGGACGCCGCGUUCGAAGCCGCGGAGUCGAUCGCGUCGCUCGAGGCGGCGCUCGACGCGUCGAGAGCGUCCGAGCUCGCGGCGAAGCGCGAGCUCGACGCGAUGCGAGCGCGCGCGAGCGAGAGCGGCGACGACGCCGCGAGCGUCGCGAAGGAGCUCGGGUCGGAGAUCGCGCGGCUGACGGAGCGACUCGACGCGGAGACGGCGACGUCGAGCGCGUUGCGCGGCGAGCUCGCGAGCGGCGGCCGAGUGGCGCGGCUCGAGACGGAGCUGCGCGAGGUCAAGACCGAGCUCGAGGCGGCGCGCGUGCGGGAGUUCAUGGCGAGGAAAGAGGCGACGGAGACGUCGAACGCGCUCGAGAAGGCGACGGAGGAGGCGGAGGAGCGAGGCGCGCGGCUCGCCUCCGCGGAGGCGCGCGCGUCGUCCGCGACCGCCGCGCUGGAGGAGACGACGCGCGCGAUGGCGCGCGUCGAGCGCGAACUCGCGGACGCGACGUGCGCGCGCGAGGCGACGCGCGCAGAGCUGAGGGAGCUCGAGGCGCGGCUCGCGUCGGAAGCCGCGGGCGCCGGCGACGCCGCGGCGACGUCGAGGGCGCGCGCGGAGGAAAUCGCGACGCUCGGAGCGGAGCUCGACCGCGCGCGCGCGCUCGCGACCGAUCGAGACGCGCGCUCGAGAACCCUGGAGGCGGAACUCGCGGCGGCGAACAAGGCGCGCGACGACGCGCGGUCGGAGUCGGACGCGCGCGCGGCGUCGCUCGCGGAGACGCGCGCGGCGGCGGCGGCGGCGGCGUCGCACGAGAAAAUCUCAACCCUGGAAGCCGACGUUAUGCGCUUGACGUCCCAACUCGGCGCCUCCGCGUCCGAGGCGUCGAACGCGACGCGCGCGGAGUUCGAGGCCAAGCUCGAGACGCUGCGGAAGCGCCACGCGAAGGAGAGGGAGGACGCGACGAGGGACUGGGACGCGAAGCUCGCGGCGACGAAGAGGGAACACGCGGAGAAGUUGGCGACGGCGGAGGACGCGCUUCGCGCCGCCGCCGCGGACGCCAAGCGCGCGUCCGACGAGGCCCUGAAGAGCGCGUCGCAGGACGCGGACAAGCGCGUCGCGAGCAAGGCGGAGGAGGGGCAGAAGAUUCGCAACGACCUGAAGCUCCAGAUCGCGGAGCUCACGAAGCGGAUGACGGACGAGCGACGCGACGCGACGGCGAGGCUGGAGGAAAAGCAAAAGCUCGAGAGCGAGCUCGACGCCGCGAACCGGCGGUGCGCGGACGCGAGAGAGAAGCUCGACGCGCUCGCGAAGGACGUCGCGCGUAAAGAGUCGCAGCUCACGUCGCGCCGCGACGAGCUUCGAGGCGCGGAGGAGAGGGCGAAGCGCGACGUCGAAGCCGCGAGGGAACGCGUUGAGGCGCUGAAGUUUGAGCUCGCCGCGUCGAAACGCGAGGCGAUCGAAGCGUCGGAACGCGCGGAAGAUCGCCUCGCCGCGGCGCUCCGCGAGCGCGACGAGGAGUGGAGCAAACGCGCCGCGGAGCAGGUCUCGGAGCAGCUCGACGCCGCGAGAGGCGCGCACGCGAGAGAGAUGGACGCGACGCGCGCCGCGCUCGUCGCGGAGACCGCCGCGGAGGUGGCGGACGCCUUGGCGGACGCCGCGGAACGCCACGCGGCGCGCGAGCGGUCGCUCCGCGAGGAGCUCGAGCUCGAGAAAGCGCGGCGCGCGGACGAGGCGAAAAGCGCGGAGGCGGCGAGGGAGGAGGCGGCGGCGCGGCUCGCCGACGCGACGGCGAGCGCGGCGGCGGCGGCGCGCGACGCGACGCGCGAGACGGAACGCGAGCGCGCGACUCUGCUCGCGAGCGCGCGCGGGGACCACGCGGCCGCGAUGGCGAAGGCGUUCGAGGACCACGCGGCGGAGAUGCGCGCGGCGAGGGAGCGCGCGGAGGCGAACGCGCGCGCGAUGAAGGCGGAGCACGAGCUUCGGUUGGCGGCGGCGCGGCGCGAGGGCGACGACGCCGUCGCCGUCGUCGUCAAGGCGUGGACGGAGAAGCUGUCGAAGCAGUCGCUGGACGCGGAGAAGGACCGCGACGCGAGGGUCGCGCGAACGCGCGACGCGGUCACCGCGAAGCUGACCGCGGAGAUGGACGCGCUGCGAGCGACGCACGCGAGGCGCGUCGGCGAGCUCGAGCGCGAAAAGGAGGCGGCGGAUCAGGCGGCGGAUCGCGGUCGGAUGGAGAUCGCGUCGACGACGGCGGCGUUGCGCGACGCGGAGGAGCGGUUGGAACGCGCGGGGGACGACCUUCUCGCCGCUCGCGCGGCGCACGAGGCGACGGAGGAAGCGUCGCGACGUCGACACGCCGACGACGCGAUCGCGGCGGCGUCGCGCGCCGACGCGGCGGCGGCGGCGGCGGCGGCGGCGGCGGCGGCGGCUGAAGAGGCGCUCAGAGCCGAGCUUGUCGACGCGGCGGUCGCGCGCGACGCGCUCGCGGCGGCGUACGACGACGUCCGCGCGCGGUUCGACGCGAGAGAGUCGCGCGAGGAGGACCUGAGGAAGAUCGCGGAGCUCGAGCGCGCGGUGGGGGAGGCGACGGCGGCGGAGGAGGAGGAGAGGAGACGCGCCGAGGGGCUGCGUUUGGAGAUGGCGCACCGAGAGACGACGGCGCGAAAGCACGGCGCGGCGUUCGGCGCGGGCGCGGCGACGUUGUGCGCGAACGACGGCGCGGUGAUGGACUGGAUGUUUAAGAAGAAGGAGAAGCGGCCGGCGAGCCGCAAGACGAUUCGGUUGUGA